CUUUUGCCGGGACCCUAACCCUGCAUUUCCAAUGCCUCGGUCCGGCUUGUUUGCACCGCAUCGUCAACCUGGAAACUCACUCACAAGACGCGGCCAUCAACCAACUGCCAGACCUUGGAUUAGGCUUACAACACAUUGGGUUAUGUUAUAUUGAGACUCACGGCUGCUCCAAGAAUAUAUUCUCCUGGAUCAGGACUCGGAUCUCUCAAGAUAUUCUGACUUGAUUUCAGUAUAAGCUUUCCGAGGUGGUACAAAUCAACAUUUAAGAGCUAGCUGUCUGUGAAUUUAUUGCGAUUUAUCCCCAGAAGGAUCAAGUCCAUAAUACAGCUCAAUCCAGGCAGCUCAAUCCAGACAGUUCAGGUCAAAAAAUGGGCAACACCGGCAAAGACGAGCCCCCGGUCCCGGAGGACGGCCGCUGCCCAUUCUGCAACAUCUCCAACCAAUACCAACCAUACGACCCACAAGCACCACCACCAGGCACCUCAGAGUCCAUCUCGCCGGCCAGGACGCGGACGGACCCGGACACGUUCGUGCUGCUGUCGACGCCGCUGCUGGUGGCGUUCCUGGACAUCAUGCCGCUGUCGCGCGGGCACGUGCUGCUGUGCCCGCGGGCGCACCGGCGCAAGCUGACGGCGGUGACGGCGGCGGAGGCGCGCGAGCUGGGCUUCUUUGUGCGGGUGCUGUCCGAGGCCGUGAUGCGGGCGACGGGGGUGGGCGACUGGAACGUGGUGCAGAACAAUGGCGCGGCGGCGGCGCAGGUGGUGCCGCACAUGCACUUCCACAUCAUCCCGCGGCCCGAGAUCCGCGAGCAGGGCCGGUGGAGCGACCGCUUCACCAUGUUUGGGAGGGGCCAGCGCUCGGAUCUGGACGAGGACGAGGCGGUCGAGCUGGCGGCGAGGAUACGCGAGUGCGUGGCCGAGGUGCUGAGGGAGGAGGAGGAGCAGGGUGGGCAGGGGUUCAGGUCCAAGUUAUGACGGGGGACAACGGCUGACUCUUGAAGGUGAAACCCCUACCACGACCGUACCUACUUACCUGUCGGUGUAAAACAUCAAACUCUGUAUGUAUGUAUCAUGUAUUUAAUAGUACGCUGGAUUUGAUUUUUUGAGUUUCCAGGCUUUUUUUUUCUUUGGUUUAAUCAUUACUCGAUCUUUGCCAACGUGGUACUGCGAGAUGAUCAAACGUUGGCUAGAACUAGACAACAACUAGACCAGAACCAAAACAAGUUUUAC